UGCCAUUGCUUCGAAAUCGAAAAUUGUUUCACGAAGCUGUAAUACUUCUACAAGGAGGUCAUUGUCAGGUCCAGUCGUGAGGCAGGAUUGAUGUGUGGUGGUGAAUAGUUGUAGCGUCUUGCUGCUAUGGCUCCUUGGCUGCGGACACCCCCUACCGCCAUCCUGUGGAUGACGCGCCUGGGAAUUGUGUCGCCGCGCUGGACACGCCUGCGCUACAUGCAGAAGCCUCUGCAGUGGGUGGUGGACCCGGACACGCUAACGCUGGAGGAGCGCAUCGCCGUGGACAGCACCGACCUGUGGACGCUGACGCCGGGCUCGUUUGAGCCGCACAACAUUGCGCUGAAGCGCGUCCACGUGCUGCGCACUCGCCGCCACCUGGAGAACGACCUGGUGAUGGUGUGCACGUGGAAGGGAGUGUUCUCGCAAGUCGACGCCAUUCAGGAGCACUAUCGGGAAAAGCAGGAGUACAAGGUGGUUGGCAAGUACCUGCGCGAGUACAGCAGUGCCGUACCGGGCCGCAUACUGCAGGUGGACGAGUCGGACGCCGACGUCGGUAAGCUGAACGAUCCCGUUACCGCCGUGUGAUAAUUGCUGCCCGUUCUCUCGCUAUUCGUUCGGGGAGUGCGGUGUGCUCCCUUGCGACAUGUGCUUAGUCUGCUCGUGUAUUGCGUGUUUGUGUGAUAUGCUGGUGGUGUAGAUACGUGAUAUGCUCGUCUCUAUUUAACCCUUCUUUCGUUCUGUGGUCACGUAGCAUUGCCAAAAGCUUGUACAUAUAUUAUCUGCUUUCCGUUCAUAUUUUUUCCGUUAUUCCUAAUUUUAAUGCUACUUUUAAUGCUUACCUGCUGGUCUGGAAUGCAUGGUGCGAUAAUUUUGCUGGCCUCAAGUUUAGGAAAUUUGGCAAAGUGCUUCAUUUUAGUAUUUGCGAUAUCGCAAUCGUCUCCAGUCUCUCUCUCUUUUUUUACCAGCGCGUUCACAGGUUGUACAUGUAAUGCCAAUUUAUGGUAUCCGUC